GAGAGCUCACCACAGAGCUGUUCCUUGCAGCCCUAGUCCUCCGCAGAGCAUCACUCCGCCUCGUCAGCCAAGGUCCAUUUCCCGCCCGCAUCCCGGCGCAGCCAUGCUGAGGACGGCAGUGCGGCUCUCGGUCCUGCUCGGCCUCCUCAGCUUUGGGAAAAGCCAGAUGUUUCACAUGGGACCAUGCCCAGAUCCACCAGUCCAAGAAGACUUCGAUAUCAACAAGUAUUUGGGGAAAUGGUACGAGAUAGAGAAGCUUCCCUCAAGUUUCGAGAAAGGAAGCUGCAUCCAGGCAAAUUACUCGCUGAAGGAGAAUGGGAAGUUCAAGGUGAUCAACAAGGAGCUGCUUUCCAAUGGCAAAGUCAACGAAGUCGAAGGAGAAAUCAUGCACAUGGAUGUAAAGGAGCCGGCCAAGCUGGCUGUUCGCUUUAACUGGUUCAUGCCUUCUGCCCCUUACUGGGUCAUCUCCACCGACUAUGAAAACUACUCACUGGUUUACUCCUGCACCAACAUCCUCUGGCUCUUCCACAUUGAUUACGCCUGGAUUAUAUCAAGAGCUCCCGAGAUGCACCCAGAAACCGUGGAGCACCUGAAGAGUGUUCUCCAGUCCUACAAGAUUGACACCGAGAAAAUGAUGCCCACGGAUCAACUUAACUGCCCUCCUGAGAUGUAACUCCCGGCUUGCAGUGACACAGCGCCAGACCAGUGAUGAACUUCAUUGCUUUCUUUAUUAUCCAUUAGAAUUUCUCUAUGUAACAGAGAAAUGUAAUAAUCCUUUUGCUAACGGUAA